AUGCCUUUCUGGACCAACCCCUUCACGCAGAACGACCGCGCCGAGUUUCUCGGCGUCGUGGUCCCCCUGUCCCAAGCGACUCGCAACGUGCCCACCACCGUCGAUGCCCCUGCCGAAAAGGAUGCCAUCCAAAGCCAAGACAGCAGCAGUCCCAACGAGCCCAAGGACGAGAACCAUGACAAACUCGACCGCGUUGGAUCCGAAGAGGUUGGCGCUGCGUCCAACCCCGAGUUCAGCCACCUAACCAUCGAGUCCCUUCGCGCUGAGGUCGAGACUGGGCUUGCCUCGUCCGGCAACGACAGUACCUAUGACCGGAAAGCCACGGUGAUUAACUUGGCCAUCCAAGAUAUUGGAAUGGGCCGUUAUCAAUGGCAGCUCUUCAUUCUCUGUGGCUUUGGCUGGUUCGCCGACAAUCUUUGGCUGCAGGGUAUCGCCUUGACCUUGAACCAGGUCUCCCAGGAAUUCGGUGUUUCUUCGAACCACGUGCGUUUCACCACUGCAUCUCUGUUCAUCGGUCUGUGUCUGGGUGCCUCCAUGUGGGGAAUUGCCUCGGACGUCGUGGGACGACGACUUGCAUUCAACUGCACCCUGCUUAUCUGCGGUGUAUUUGGCGUCUGUGUCGGUGCGGCUCCAACCUGGAUCGGUCUCUGCGGUUUGUCUGCUAGUUUGGGCCUGGGUGUGGGAGGCAAUCUCCCCGUGGACGGCGCUCUCUUCCUGGAGUUCCUCCCUACCGCUUCUACCAACAUGCUCACUCUGUUGAGUAUCUGGUGGCCGCUGGGCCAAUUGGUUAGCAGUUUGAUCGCCUGGGGCUUUAUCCCCAACUACAGCUGUACCCCUGGCUUGCCUGCCUGCUCUGCUGUGGGCGCUGGCGAGGACUGCUGCCGCAAAGAGGACAACAUGGGCUGGCGCUACCUGUGCUACACGAUGGGCGCGCUGACCAUGCUCAUGUGGGCCUGCCGAUUCUUCUUGUUCCAUCUGUACGAAUCGCCCAAGUUUCUGCUCUCUCGCGGUCGCCAGGAGGAAGCCGUGCAAACUGUCCAUGCUAUUGCAUUCAAGAACAAGGCACACACCUGGCUCACCGUUGACAUCCUCAACGAGAUCGGUGGUCACCCAGACGUCGUCGGAAAGCCGACUCUCACCACCGUUGAAAUCAUCAAGCGCACCCUCUCGAAAUUCUCUGGCGAACGCAUCGGACCUCUUUUCGCUAAUAAAAGGCUUGGUAUUACCACCGCACUUUUGUGGUUCUGCUGGGCUACUAUUGGAAUGGGUUACCCCCUGUUUAACGCUUUCCUGCCGCAGUACUUGGCCCAUUCCGGCUCCGGGGGGGAGACUCCAGUCAACAUCACAUACCGCAACUACGCCAUCACCUCGAUUGUCGGCGUACCCGGGUCGCUCCUGGGCUGUUACACGGUCAACGUGAAAUUCAUUGGUCGAAAGGGAACCAUGGCCAUUUCCACGCUGAUCACCGGCAUCAUCCUGUUCUGCUUCACCGUUACCAAAGACUCCAAUUCCCAACUGACCUGCACCUGCCUCGAAGCUUUCUUCCAGAACAUCAUGUACGGUGUGCUGUACGCCUACACCCCAGAAGUCUUCCCUGCGCCUAACCGUGGAACUGGUACCGGCGUCUCCAGUUUCUUCAACCGUCUGUGCGGUGUCAUGGCCCCCAUUGUCGCCAUCUACGCCUCGACAUCAAACGCCAAUGCCCCGAUUUAUGCCUCUGGUGGUCUUAUGUUGGCUGCCUUUGUCGCCAUGGUUUUGCUUCCCAUUGAGACUCGCGGAAAGCAAACCCUCUAA